CUAGACUGAGAGGUCAUGUGGAGCUGAAAAACAUAAUCAGCAUUGUAUGAACUCAUUUGACAGGGGUUUGAAUGUAACAGUCAUUCGAUUAUAUUUAAAAGUUACACACCACUGAUAUAAAUCCAGACAAUGUUAUGAACACAAAGCCACACAAUAAAACUGGGUUGGUACUGUGGUCUUUAUUCUCCUGAGCCAUUGAAAGGCUGCAGAAUGAGAGGAGGAGGAGGAGGAGAAGAAAUAGGAGGAGGAAUCUGUGAUGUUUUUAUUGGCUGAGCGUUUUUUCAGACUCCUUUCUGACUGGCUGGCAAAGUGAGAGCUGAACAGGGAAUCCCUCAGGGCUCCUUCUGUCUUUGUCUCAGAUUAAAAACACAAAGAGCCCAGUCAGGCCUCACUAAACCAGGUAGUACUGCAGUGCCCUCAGACUUGGGGCUGAAUUUAUGAAGUCAUACUGACUGCUGUUUAGUCCACAACUCUCCCCGAUUUCUACCUGCCUGUAACUUAGCAGGUAGCUGCAAUAUUUAUCAAAGCAGAGAGAAUUCACUGCUCAGCACAAGGUGGUAUGAAGGAGCCUCUGUUUCACUGAAAGGCAGAAAGACAUUUCCCUUCAGUGGCACGUUGGAGCAAAAUCAGGAGGUGAAGAAACCUGUUCAUUUCAGUUGCAGUGGGUGGAGAAGGAAAGCUUUGCAAUCAGACAAAAGGGAAGUGGAUCAUAGAGGAGGAAACUGAGGAGAAAAGAAAAAGCAGGAGUCCUUAACUGAAGACGAGACAGUGGGCUGUGGAGAGCCGGCGUAGCAGAGCAGCGGCAGGAGCGUCUGUGGGCGGGGAGAGAGGAAGUGUGGCCAACAGGAGAGGAAUUUAAAGUCCCAUUGUUCUGGAGGAGCAGAGGCAGAGAGAAGUGAGGAGCCGAGGAGCGGAACCACUGACUGACGCAGGAAACCAUGGACGUGAGCUCAGCCAUGGCAAAGAUGUCUGUAAAGCAGAGAGCAGGAGGUGCAGGAGGAGGAGAUGGAGCAGCAGUGUGUCUCAUAUGCAAAGAGAGUUGCUCUGGAUUUCAACCACAUUCUUGGAGGAAGGCCUGUAUGACUUGUGGCUGCAGCACGGUCGACCACGCUCCUGGUGGUGACCUCGAGGAUGACCACUGCAUGGGACGCCUUCUCGCUGAAUCGCCCUGCUCCCAUUUGACAGCAAAAGUCAAGGGAGGGGGCGGCCUUCGUAUGUACAAGAGGAACCGUAUGAUUGUGACAAAUCCAGUGGUGUCACGCAAAGACCCAACAUUCAGCACCACAACAUACGACUGGGCUCCAGCUAGUCUCAACCAGAAACUGGCUGUGCAGUACAUGGAGCUCAUCCCGAAAAGUCGGCGGCCAGUCUCAGGGACGGAUGGAGCUUCAGAGCGACGCAAGCAGCUCCUCAGCCAGCUCCCUGUCUAUGACCAGGACCCCAUGAAGUGUCAGAGCCUGGCCAGUGAGGAGGAGAUUUCCUCUAUGCUGCUGUUUGUGAAGAACUACAAGCAGGAGGUGCUUGGAGUCGCGGAGGUGGCCUUACCUGGUGAGGGCACAGCUUUGAGGGAAGCAGCCAUUCAGAGGACUGCAAAGGAAACUAAGGAUCGCAGCAACAGUGACAAGAAAGAUGCUCUGCAGCACCAGGACCACGGCUCGACCAAUAGCUGCACCUCCUCCUCUGCUGGUUCUACUAACGGCACAGAUGACGGCACUAAGAAGGAAUAUCACUGCACUGGUUGUCACAAGGAGGUUGCCAAGGAGAGUCCAGCAGUUUAUGCUGAGCGUGCAGGUUACCAUAAUGCACUGUGGCAUCCCACAUGUUUCGUAUGUUCAGAGUGUGGCCAGGGACUGGUGGACCUGGUCUACUUCUGGUCCAACCAGAGACUGUUCUGUGGACGACACUACUGUCAGACGGUUUGGCCGCGAUGUGCUGGCUGUGAUGAGUUAAUCUUCUGCCAGUCUUUUCAUGCUUCAGAAGAUGGACGGACAUGGCAUCAUCAACAUUACUCCUGCUGGAAGUGUGGGCAAAGCCUGGAAACUCCCUGUCAACACCGAGACACCGACACCGUGGAGUCUAUUCGACACAAUGUGGGGUAGCGUUAGACGUUAGAACUGCAUAAUGACUGACCAUAGAGGUUCUUCAGAUACAGUGAAUCAGUACUGAACAAAAAAUGUCAGACAAGACAAAAAAAAGUUGUUGUUUUUUUACAUAAAAUAAAAGAAAUAAGUAAUGAAAACUUACAUUAUACAGGAUAAGUCAUCAAAAUGCCCAACUGAUUUAUUGGUGUUUAAAAUACUUAAGAGAUUUAGCUUUAGUUGUGGCACUCAGGCACUUCUUUAACUCCAAUGGGGUCUUAAGUACUACUUCUUUGCCGACACAAGGUGUUUAAAGUACUUUAAGUGAAGCAAAACAGUCAGUCGAUUUAUUAGCACUUUAAGUACCUCACAGUGAUGGGUGCCAGGGGAGCUGAUUUCAGCCUGGAGUUAUUCAGAUAAUAAACAGAUCACACAUUGGCGGACCAAUAUAAAUGAAAAUGAAUAAACUAAUACGAUGAUUAAAGAAAUAAAUUAUAAUUUAUAUUUAUUAAUCAGACAAUUUGCAAAGCAAUAUAAAGUCAAAGUCUUUAGUGACUUUCUUGGUCCAGAACUCACACGACUCACACUGUUUUCUGUAAUCAGGUGUCAUUUCAAGAUUCUCUUUUUUUAUUAUUAUUUAAACAGACAAUAAAAAUGUAUCUCGUUUAAAUCAAGUUAAAGGAAGUUUAGAAGAUAUAGGCAGAAACUUAGAUUUGCUGGAAAAUGUAGCAUAAUCAUUAUUACAUUUACAGGUAAACAGAAAUCACCCAGUGUACUAAUGUGGAGACUUUCAUAUUUGUGUUCAAAGUCAAAAUUUGUGAAGUCAGUGAAACUCCUAAUUAUUUUAUCUUACAUGGAGAAGUAUCAUUUUUAAAUUACUCUUCAAUCCUAGAAAAUCGGGUUUGUACAAAUUUGUGUUUCACCUAUAACACAUAUUUUGAGCAGAAACAACCUCAUUGUUUAUCUCACACCCAAGAGAACUGGACAGGUGGAAGGUUGGAAUAGUCAUAAUCAGUUAUUAGCAGUUAGCAUGCAACAGCUGAUCAUUUGUUCAUCCCCCACUGCUUUUAAUACAAACGUAUGAUUUGAUAUGUGAUUAUAUUUAAUUUCCUUCUCUUCUAUUCCUUGUGUGCUGUUACAGUUAAACUGCAGAUUUGUUUGAUGAUUUAGCCUCUGGCUGCUGCUGCUGAGCACUGCUUCAUGUUUCUUUACGCCUUCACUUAUAUCCUUGAUAAAAAUGUAGCAAAGGUUUGAGAAUCCGAGCAGGUCUGUAUGGCAAAAGUAAGUUCACAAAAAACUGGAUACAGUGUAAAACAGGAACCUCUGAAAUGUAAUAUAAAGUGAAAUACACACAAAGAUAUGAUAUAUAUAUAUAAUCUCUGUGUAAAAUCAUAAACAAGGAUUUCUCAAAAAUCUGCUCUGAGGGAAAUUUGUUUUUGUCAGUUUUGAAUUAAAAAGUUGAACGCAACUGUCAACGAAUUGUGUAGUGAAACUUUGGUGUCAUAUGUAAUGAUAAGAUAGAUUUUAACAUGGUAACUUUGCUUUGAGUGUUUACAUCAUCAGAUCAACUCUAAUAAACCUAAUUCUGUGCCUUGAUAUGUAUAUCAAUAUAACACUAUGUUCAAUAAAUAUAGAUUGCAUUGUAGUCUUUGCUCUUCAAUCUGUACUGUCUAUCAAGUGUUCUUAGCUUAGCUUUUUAGAAAAAUUUAAGUUUUCUUUUUCAUUUUACAAAUUAAAUGUUAAUGUACACACUGUAAACCAGUGGCAAUUACAAUAACUCUGAUGGGACAUAAAGCAGUGAGUACAGAUGGUAUUUGUAAUCUGGUGCCAUGGAGGCAAACAUUGUAUGUUCAGGCUUUUUUUUAAUUGCACUGAAGGAAAAAAAAGUCAACACAAAGCCAAUUAUGUUUUCCUCUGUGAAUAGUGAAUGGCAAUGCAUAUCCAUGAUACUUUUCAAAGCGAGUGUGUCUUGAACUGUUGGGAUGAAUAUUAUCAUUAUUAUUAUUAUUAUUAUUAUCCCACGCAUGGUUAUGUUUGAAUGCUGUUUUGUCCUUUGUAUUUACAUCAAAACUGUCACAUAUCACAAGAUAUUCUCCUGCUGCUCGUGUUUCCACAGCAGGAUGGACAAGAAUAAAAAUACAUUCUUACUAAA